AUGAGGGGUUUUGAAGAGGAGAUGACUGUUGUAGAUGUUGAGCCUACAAAACAAAAUGUACCUUGUGGGACAAGUAGGCAAUGUGAGAAAGUUCUUGUAACAGAAGAAUUGGGUAAGCAACAUGUCAUUGAAGACGAAUACAUGACUGAUGAGCUGGACAGUGGAGCUGAAGAUGAUAGUUCUGAUGAGAGGCCUUGUGUUAUAAGGUUCAAUGAAGAAGAUAAGUUGAGCAAAGAAUAUGUGUUCAAAGUAGGAAUGAAGUUUCGUUCCUUGAGACAAUUUAAAGAUGCAAUACUUGAGCAUAAUGUGUUAAAUGGCAGGGAUAUCAAGUUUGAGAAAAAUGACUCAAAUAGAUGUAGAGUGGUCUGCAAGGAUAAUAAAAAAUGUAACUACACAAUUUUGUGUAGUAGAGUGUUAUCUACUGCAACUUUUAGGAUUAAAACACUCUUUGAUAAACACAAGUGUGGAAGACAGUUUUUUAACAAAAGCGCUAAGGCUGAAUGGGUUGCUAAGGUUAUUGUUGAUGGGAUUAAGAACAACAGUAAGAUGAAACUAAAUGAGGUAGUGGCAGAUAUUAGAUCAAGAUAUUCCACAGAAAUUCCAGGAUGCAGGGCCUUUAAGGCUAGGCAAAUUGCUAGACAAAUAGUUGAGGGUGAUUCAAGUAAGCAAUUUAGCAUGUUGUGGUAUUAUGGUGCUAAAUUGAAGAGGGCUUCAGCAGAUAAUACUUUCAAAAUCAACACAGCUGCUCUAGCUCCAGGUUUGAGGCCAAGAUUUGAAAGGUGUUAUCUUUGCUUUGAUGGGACCAAGAAAGCUUUGACAAAAACAUGUAAGCCCUUUAUUGGCUUGGAUGGAUGCCAUUUGAAACAUAGGUAUGGUGGAAUUAUGUUGAUUGUUGUGGGAAGAGAUCCCAAUGAUCAGUAUCUUCCAGUUUCUUUUGUUGUAGUUGAGAGUGAGACAAAAGACACCUAG